AGAUCAGGUGUUCGGCUCUCACGAGUCGGUAUAAACCGGCGCGCGGACGUUCGAAUGUUAAUAGUCGCAGCUUGCGCUCUUCUCUAUCGUCCACUGAGUUUAAACUUAUGGACUAUUGUAUACCUGUAUGGUCAGUGGACGGAUUAUAAUUCAACAAGUGGUUUAUUAGUCAGCUCCGAAAUAGCCGACCAUCUCUCGAAAUCGCCGCGAAGUACAUAAAAGACUCGACAAUGUCGUGCAGAAGACAGACACUCUACAUCACCUUGUAGUUGACACUAUAUCCUCGAAAGGACUUGGGCCGUGAGCGAUUACAAAGGCAAAAUUUAUUUCGUGCAUAUCAACGCAGGACGUCAAAAUGAAGCGCAAACUGUCCUCGAUAUUCAGAAUCGGAAUGGAGGGUCGGUUCCAGUCGAAAGGCGCCGAGGCGGACGGCAACAACGGCGAGCAGAUCACGAUGAACAGCAAGAGGCCGACGAUGACGCUCAACGUCAACGGCCUCUGGGAUGUCGUCCCCCGCUUGGAUCACUACAGACUGAGCAGACGCGCGAAGCGUCCAUCCCUCGCCGAGCUCCACGAGGGAAACCCCGCUAAGGACCUGAUGAACGCAGCCACCUUGGAAGCCGGUCUUCCGAUGGGUGGACACAACGCCAGCGGUCAAGCAGCCGCGAAAAAGCACGUGGGCAUCAAGCUGGGCUGGAUCCAGGGUGUGCUGAUCCCCUGCCUGCUGAACAUAUGGGGCGUCAUGCUGUUCCUCCGUCUCUCCUGGGUCGUCGCCCAGGCUGGCAUCCUGCACACCUGCAUCAUCAUCGGCAUAUCCGCCUUCGUCUGCGUCAUCACGACCCUCAGCCUCAGCGCCAUCAGCACUAAUGGCGAAGUAAAGGGAGGGGGCAUCUACUUCAUAAUCUCUCGAUCCCUCGGUCCGGAGUUCGGCGCCUCGGUCGGCAUCGUCUUCGCCUUCGCCAACGCCGUGGCCGCCUCGAUGAACACCAUCGGUUUCUGCGACUCGCUGAACCAGCUGCUCCACGAACACGGUCUGAAGAUCAUCGACAACGGCUUCCACGACGUUCAGAUCGUCGGAAUUGUCGCGAUACUCGUAAUGGUGCUCAUCUGUGCCAUCGGCAUGGAGUGGGAAUCAAAGGCGCAGAAUUUCCUGAUCGCCAUCAUCGUCGGCGCCAUCGUCGAUUUCCUCAUCGGUGCGCUCAUCGGACCAAGGAGUCUUCAGGACAGAGCUGGUGGAUUCACGGGAUUUAACAGCACCGUCUUCAUGGACAACUGGCUGCCCGACUACCGCUACUCCGAGGGCGCGAACCAGACCUUCUUCUCGGUCUUCGCGAUUUUCUUUCCGUCCGUCACGGGAAUCCAAGCCGGAGCCAAUAUCUCCGGCGACCUGAAAGAUCCCGCGAGUAGCAUCCCGGUAGGAACACUUCUGGCUCUGCUCAUGUCCAUGAUCAGUUACGUCACCUUCGUGUUCUUCGCCGGUGGAGCGGCUAUCAGGGACGCCAGUGGCGAAAUCCUCAACGGCACCAUCGCCAUGUGUGAUCCGUUCAGCAAGGACGGCUGCAAGAGCGGUUUGCAUAAUAGCUACUCGAUGAUGCAGCUAAUGUCAGUCUGGGGUCCGUUCAUCUACGCAGGCUGUUUCGCGGCAACCCUGUCAACGGCACUGACGAAUCUGAUCUCCGUACCACGUCUAAUCCAGGCUCUCGGUCAGGAUCGCAUCUAUCCCGGCCUGAUCUAUUUCAGCAAAGGCUACGGCAAGUCCGGCGAGCCGUAUCGCGGCUACGUGCUCACCUUCUUCGUCGCUGCGCUCUUCGUACUCAUCGCCAACCUAAACGCUGUGGCACCCCUAAUCUCGAAUUUCUACCUCGCGUCUUACGCCCUCAUCAACUUCUGCACAUUCCACGCGGCGCUCGUACGGCCGCUCGGCUGGCGACCCACGUUCAAGUAUUACAACACGUGGCUCUCACUUCUGGGAUUCAUUGCCUGCGUAGCAAUUAUGUUCCUGAUCGAUUGGGUAACGUCCCUCGUCACGUUCGUCAUCAUAUUUGCUCUCUAUCUGAUAGUCGUCUACAGGAAGCCGGACGUCAACUGGGGCAGCUCUACGCAGGCGCAGACCUACAAGACGGCCUUAUCCAUCGCCUACAGAUUGAACUCCAUCGACGAGCACGUGAAGAACUACUGUCCCCAAAUCCUGGCUCUAUCCGGUGCACCGAACGCCAGACCCGCCCUACUACACCUGGCCAAUCUCAUCACCAAGAACAACUCCCUUCUGAUCUGCGGUGAAAUCUACCCCUCGCGAAUGUCAUACCGAGUUCGCUCGGCUCACCUGCGUCAGGGCUACGCCUGGCUGCAACGUCACCGUAUAAAGUCGUUCUACCACGUAGUCGAGGAGUUGAGUCUGGAAAAAGGCGCCUCGGCGAUGAUGCAGACCUCCGGUGUUGGUAAACUCGCUCCCAACGUCGUUCUCAUGGGCUACAAGACUCACUGGAGCAGCUGCAGCUACAAGGAACUGCAGGAGUACUUCAACGUAUUGCAUAACGCCUUCGACCACCGAUUGGCAGUGGCGAUCCUUCGCAUCGCCGAGGGCCUGGACUGCUCGAGCGUCGGCAGUACAGGAAGCGCCGAGGACGAGCAACAUUCCGGCGCUCUCGUCCAGAGCAGUUACGACCUCGCCGGUAACACCCUCAUGCACGCCGACAGCGACCUGUCCAUGAGCGGACGCGGCAUUGCUCGAGUUCAAAGUGUCCCCAGUAUAGGAACACAAUUCAUUCCUCCGGAUGCUACGGCGCCUAUUCGAGACUCCCCGACGCACUGGAGUGCGCGGGAUCAUUUGAAGAACAAGAAGAGGCAUCUAGCUGAGAAAAUGUUGAUGAACAACAAACAAAACGGCUUAUCGGUGGUACCGGAGUAUUUGACGAUUUUCCAGAAGAAACACAAAAACGGUAUUAUCGACGUCUGGUGGCUGUACGACGAUGGCGGUCUAACUAUCCUCCUACCGUACAUCAUCAGCACCAGAACGAAUUGGGAGCACUGCAAGAUGAGGAUCUUCGCCCUCGCGAAUCACAAGCAGGACAUCGGCGCUCAAGAGAAAGAGAUGGCAGAAAUCAUGGCCAAAUUCCGCAUAAAGUACACGAGUUUGAAGAUGGUCGACGACAUAAGCGUGCAGCCUAAACAGGAGACUCAAGAUUUCUUUGACAAAGUCAUCUCGGAGUUCCGGAAAAACGACGCCUCGGAUAACGCAGAAUGCGUGGUGACCGACGCAGAGCUUCAAAGUCUGAGAGACAAAACGUUCCGACAGUUGAGGCUCCGCGAGCUCCUUCUAGAAAACUCCAGUCAGUCGACGAUGGUCGUAAUGUCCCUGCCGAUGCCGAGGAAAGGUGCACUCUCGGCGCCCCUAUACAUGGCCUGGCUGGAAGCCCUAACCCGUGACAUGCCACCCACGCUCCUGAUCCGGGGCAAUCACUCGUCCGUACUGACCUUCUACUCGUAGUACUCAGCCGCCGCAACUGACCCCCGCUAUCCUAAUACCCUAAUCAUAAUUGCCCUAUACUUAUGAUAACUCACAACACCCGCGUCUUAGUUACUUAUUUCUUAAUAUAAUAAUUUAAAUUUACACGAUUUUAGUCGAUCGGCUAUAUCGGUAUAUAUAUAUAUAUAUAUAUAUAUAUAUAUACACAAUGUGUACGACGUGCCCUCGCAUCUGUGCUGGCGAAGAGGCGCAGCCGUUUUAUCGUAUAAGCGUGUGAGAGCGAGAGUGAUUGUAAAGAUUGACAGAAACGACGAGGGAGUAUUUUGAAUCGCAGUGAGUGAUGUGUGAGAAUCGGCGAUGACACAUGUUUUUAUUUUAAUUUUAUAACUUUAUUCAUUUCUGUUUAACCGACGUUUUCAUCGAAAUCUUAUAGCUUCGUGAUUUCAUUUCGACUGAGAGUGUUUUCCGACAUGAAAACGAUGAUAAGCAAUUGAGUUGUCUUUGUAAGUAGAUGCUUGCGCAACGAGAAACGUCAAUUUUUAAGAACUAUAUACGUGCAGGACUGCAACGCGAGCGUAUCACACACGUCGGUCGAACAGAUUUUUGCUCUGACAUAAAUUUUAUAUCUGAAUAUUGAAUUUUUCGUAAGUUUUAGCGUUGAGCAAUUAUUAAAAUCAAAAUGCGAGUAUGAUUAGUUGUGACUGAGACCUAUAUAUUAUAGCUGUUGAAAAUCAAAAGUUAAUUUUUUAGUUAUACCAAACUCGUAUAGCAUUUUAUUUGGUUCGCAAUUAUAUGAAUCGCCUUUGCCGCCCAAAUCUUAACCGACACACCAGUGAACGAAAACAUACAUAACAUACAACUAUAAGUGAGAAUAACAAAUUGUUCCAAAUGUAAACUUAGAGAAGCUAUAUCGAUAUUUUUCUGACAACUAUACUUUAUUAGCUGACAGAGAAAAGCGUUUCGACGUAAAUGAAUCUCUUUUAUUCCUAUAUAUAUAUUUGUGGAGUUAUACCGACAAGAUAAUUAUAUAUAGAAAGAGUUUUGUCGCAAAACUGCUGAACUUAAAAAGCCCAUAAUUUAUACAUAGAACUAUUUAGGAAGCGUAAACUUGAAUAUAACUGGUAGGCGUAAGUUGCUUUUAUAAAGUAACUAUACGUGUGAAGUACAAGAUCCCGUUUUCUUCUGAUUAUUGAGAAGCGCAAUAUGUUGAUUUUUUUAUUUGGGGACUUUGUACUUCAGACAGUGCAAUUACUUAAAUGAAACGUUGCAAUCUUUUUUUUACAGACUUAACGCAUCAUAAUCGUUUUUUUUCUUACAUUUAACUAUGCUUUUGGCUAAAAGUCCAGGGUUGACAAGCCAUAAUAUUUUAUUGUUUAAUCUGGUCUUAACAUCGAUAUCGCAAAAAAAUUGACGUACCAAUCAGUCAUUAUAAAAAAAUUAUGUUAAGACUGGAUAACGAAAAUUGUAUUACCAACGUAGUAUUUAAGUUUAAGGGAUACUUGUUACAAAAAUCUUUGUGAGAAUAUGGGACGACGCACUUGAAUUUUCGACCGUUGAUUUCAUCGUAGCCAGAGUAUUAUGUAAUAAGCAAACAACAACGAUUAUUUUUACCACGUGAGAUUUAGUGAUUAUACCCUUAUAAAUUAAUAUAUGCACGGAUGAAUCUAAUUUUGCCGUGACGGAAGUUAGCAGUAUUUUAAUCGUUAAUUUUGUAGAUUCUCUCAACCGUAAGUGCAGAUAUUUUGUUUCCGUAGCGCUUAACGAUAAUAAUAAUAACUGAAAAACAAAAGGUUUAAAAGACACGAGCUUUUUUCAGUGAAAUUCGUUUCACGGUAAUAAUGAUGUCAAAUUAUUGCUCAUCGUAACGUGUAUAUAUGAUUUUACUUUUUUUUUGUCAAUAUCCGAAAAGCACGAUUUCGAUUGAAUAAAUCUUAAGAAAUUUUUGUUGCGAAUUAAAAAAAAAAAAUUAUAAAUUGAAUUAAUAUUAAGUGCCAAGAAGUGAUCAUAAAAUAAAGUUAUACGCUCG